AUGCGCGCCGCACAAUUCUACGCCGCCGGCGACGUCCGCGUCGAAGACGUCCCAGCUCCCCAGGAAAGCACCGACAAAGUCCUAAUUGAAAUUGAAUGGUGCGGGAUCUGCGGUAGCGAUCUGAACGAAUACAUCUUUGGCCCCUUCGCAAUCCCCUCCCCGCAAUCCGGACCACACCCACUGACAAACGCCCUUCUCCCCGUGACAAUGGGCCACGAGUUCACAGGCCGAAUCAGCUACGUCCCAGACUCGAUAUCGCACCUAAAGAAAGGCCAAGCGGUCGUCGUGGACCCGCGCUACUACUGCUCCUCCUGCACGCCCUGCUCGCAAACCGCCACGAACAGCUGCGAGAAGAUCGGGUUUGUGGGCCUGUCUGGGGGCGGAGGUGGUCUUUCCGAGGUUGUUGCCGUUAAGCCGGAGGCUGUGCAUGUUCUUCCUGAGGAUGGGUCUGCGAAGGUCGAUCUUGCGGCUGCGGCGCUGAUCGAGCCGUUGGCUGUUGCGUGGCAUGCGCUUAGUCUUUACCUUUCUAUUGCGCCGUACCAGAGUGGUCUGGCUGAUGGUGAGAAUGAGGAUCUGAGCAGUAUUCCCGUGCUGAUCAUUGGCGCUGGGCCGGUUGGUGUAGCGAUGAGCUAUGUCUUGCGCGCUCGGGGAGCAAAUAUAGUCUAUGUUUCUGAGAUGUCCAAAGCGAGGCGGGAGACACUGCGUGAUGCGGGGAUCGUCACGGAGAUUUUUGACCCCGCCGAGGUCGAUGUCCCGCAGAUGGUCAAGGCAUUGACGGGGGAUGGCGUCAGCGUGGUCUUUGACUGUGCUGGUGCUCAGCCUGGCUUCGAUUCUGGCUGUCAGAGUUUGAGGUUUAGGGGUGUCUAUGUCAAUCUGGCGGUGCCGAAGGCGCCUAUGACGCUCCCGCUCGCUCCGUUCCUGUGGAAGGAGAUCAUGUACAAGUGCUCGCUGGCUUACAACCAGGACGACUUCAAGAGUGUGGUCGAGGCAUUUGUGCUUGGCCGCUUCCAAGGCGUCGAGAAGAUGAUAACCAGACGCCUGUCACUAGAGGACAUUGUCGAGCAGGGCUUCAAAGAACUCAUCAAACCAAACGACCACAUCAAGAUCCUUGCCACGCCGAAGCGCGCGAACAUCAACGGCAGUAUAUAA